UGGGCAGAGGGGCGGGGGUUGGGAAGAUGGCGGCUCCCAGCCUCCUCAACUGGAGGCGGGUUUCCUCCUUCACGGGGCCGGUACCCCGCGCCCGGCACGGACACCGAGCCGUGGCCAUCCGGGAGCUGAUGAUCAUCUUUGGCGGGGGCAAUGAGGGCAUCGCGGACGAGCUGCACGUCUACAACACCGUUACAAAUCAGUGGUUCCUACCAGCUGUUAGAGGAGACAUCCCUCCAGGCUGUGCUGCCCAUGGAUUUGUCUGUGAUGGUACCAGAAUAUUAGUAUUUGGGGGAAUGGUUGAAUAUGGAAGAUACAGCAAUGAGUUAUAUGAGUUACAAGCAAGUCGAUGGUUAUGGAAAAAAGUGAAACCCCACCCCCCUUCUUCUGGUUUACCUCCUUGUCCUCGGCUUGGACAUAGUUUUUCUUUAUAUGGUAACAAAUGCUACUUGUUUGGUGGUCUGGCAAAUGAAAGUGAAGAUUCAAACAAUAACGUUCCCAGAUAUUUAAAUGAUUUCUAUGAGUUGGAGCUGCAGCAUGGUUCUGGUGUUGUGGGAUGGAGCAUUCCAGUCACUAAAGGGAUUGUGCCUUCUCCAAGAGAAUCCCACACAGCUGUUAUAUAUUGCAAAAAAGAUUCUGGAAGUCCUAAAAUGUAUGUUUUUGGUGGAAUGUGUGGUGCUCGCCUGGAUGACCUGUGGCAGCUUGACUUAGAAACUAUGUCAUGGUCAAAACCAGAAACUAAAGGGACAGUUCCACUUCCACGAAGCCUUCACACGGCCAGUGUUAUAGGAAAUAAAAUGUACAUUUUUGGUGGAUGGGUUCCACAUAAGGGGGAAAAUAUUGAGACUUCACCUCAUGAUUGUGAAUGGAGAUGUACCAGUUCAUUUUCUUACCUAAAUCUAGAUACAGCAGAGUGGACCACUCUAGUAUCAGAUUCUCAGGAAGAUAAAAAAAAUUCAAGACCAAGACCAAGAGCUGGACACUGUGCCGUAGCAAUUGGCACUCGAUUAUAUUUUUGGAGUGGAAGAGAUGGCUACAAAAAAGCACUGAAUAGUCAAGUUUGCUGCAAGGAUCUUUGGUAUCUUGAUACUGAGAAACCACCAGCACCAUCACAAGUACAGUUGAUCAAAGCUACUACCAACUCUUUCCAUGUCAAGUGGGAUGAAGUACCUACCGUUGAAGGCUAUCUUUUGCAGCUGAAUACAGACUUGCCUUACCAAGCUGCACCGUCAGAUUCUUCAGCAGCAUUAAAUAUGCCAGGAGGCAGAGUGGACCCUCACAGACAAGGCAGUAAUAGCAUCCUUCCGAACAGUAUCAGUGACACAGUAAACAGUACAAAAGUGGAGCAUUCAGCCAUGAGAGGAACUGCAAUGAAAAACAAACAAGAUUUCAAAGCAACAGAUUCUAAUGCCAUUUUAUAUUCUUCUUUGGCAUCUAAUGCUUCUAAUCAUAAUAGUUGUAUGGUGGAUAUGCUAAGGAAAAAUGAAGGUCCUCACACUUCAGCAAAUGUAGGUGUACUAAGUAGUUGCCUGGACUUAAGAACAGUAACCCCUGAAACUUCGGUGUCCAGUACUGUUUCCAGCGCACAAACUAUGGUAACCCAGCAGACCAUUAAAACUGAAUCAUCCAGUACAAAUGGGGCAGUUGUUAAAGAUGAAACUUCACUAACAACAUUCAGUACCAAAUCUGAAGUUGAUGAAACAUGUGCUCUGCCUGCAACUAAGAUUAGCCGAGUAGAGAUGCAUGCUGUACCCAUGCCAUUUGCUAAAGAGUCUCCUUCAAAUCCAGUGGCCACAGUGAAAGCAGGAGAACGACAGUGGUGUGAUGUGGGAAUUUUUAAAAAUAAUACAGCUUUGGUGAACCAGUUUUAUUUGCUGCCAAAAGGGAAGCAAAACAUCUCCAAGGUAGGAAAUGCAGAUGUACCUGACUACAGUUUACUUAAGAAACAAGAUCUUGUUCCAGGCACUGGAUACAGAUUUAGGGUUGCUGCAAUCAAUGGUUGUGGAAUAGGCCCUUUCAGCAAAAUCAGUGAAUUUAAAACUUGUAUUCCUGGUUUUCCUGGAGCCCCUUCAGCAGUCAGAAUUUCAAAGAAUGUUGAAGGUAUCCACCUUUCCUGGGAGCCUCCAACUUCACCUUCUGGAAAUAUUUUGGAAUAUUCAGCCUACUUGGCUAUCCGCACAGCACAGAUACAAGAUAAUCCAAGCCAGCUUGUGUUCAUGAGGAUUUAUUGUGGUCUUAAAACAUCAUGUAUAGUAACUGCUGGGCAACUUGCAAAUGCACAUAUUGAUUAUACAUCCAGGCCUGCCAUUGUGUUCAGGAUAUCAGCAAAGAAUGAAAAGGGAUAUGGACCAGCUACACAAGUUCGAUGGCUUCAAGGUAACAAUAAAAAAGCAUCUUUAAAUUGAAUUUUUUUCUUUUUUUUUAAACUGAAGCUGUUGUGAUGAUAAUUAUUUAUUAGUAACUGGUUAUGAAGAUUUGUCAUUUAAAAGACUGUAUUUCUAGCAGUUAUGAAUUUGAGUUUGUAAGUUGUUCUUAAAAUGUAUUUGCUCAAUUCUAGAUCCAAAUAAAAAUAGAAAAGAAGCAAAGACUCUCUGAAAAUUAGUAUAUGGAUUCUUCCUUACACAUAUAGCUCUUUUACAAAGAAAAAUAGUAAAAUUAAGAUAAAAGUUAGAAGGCUUUAAUACCCCAAUACCUUUUUUAAAGGCUAUGUAACUCAGUCAUCCUAGAAUUAUUGAGAUGAUUCUAGUAACUGACUGGUGUACACUUCACUGUCUUACUUAGUAAGUGUUCGCUGCAUUGUAAAUGACCUAUCAUUGAAUACUUCCUCUAACUUUAUUGUCUAUGAGCGGUGAUCCUCCAACAGCUAUCUUCUAUGGAUAAUAUUUGUGAUACUAAUGUUAGUAGUCAUUUGAUUCUUUUAAUCAUAGUUAGCACAGAGCUUAAAAAAUUUUAAAGAGAGAGAAAGGCAAGUUCAGAAACUGCUUUUGAAUUUCUAUUUUUCAAAAUCAUGGUAAGAUUAAAAAAAAAUAAUGGGUAUUCUUGAUUCAUACCAGGCCAAUGUAUUUGAAUAUACAUUUGGUUAAAGCACUUAAUUUAGCUGGCCCUUAAUUACAGAUGAGAGAAUUAAAAGAAUUUGCCUUCAAGGCCCCUUUCAGCACUAAAAUUUUGUAUUUUCAUCAGAUGUAGAGUAUGUCCCUGAACAUUGAACAUGUUCAUGUGUCUUAAUGGUUUUACCUUUGCUUUUUCUGAAAUUAAAAGCUUCAUAAUUUAAAAUUCAAAAUUAAAGUGUAUGUCCUCCUACUGCAGAAGAAAGAAGCACCUUAAUGGGACACAAGUUUUGAAAUAGUGUUUUAAACAUUUGUAAGAUUUUUGUAAAUGCUCUAGAUGUUUUAUUUUUGCAUCAUUUUUACCUCAAAAUUGUAUAAACUUUUUUACAAUGAAAAUAUAAGCAUUAGACAGCUAACUCAGGUUCUUUACAACCUUAAAGAUGCAGAUGAACAUUAUGAACACUCUGCUACAGGUAACUUGUUUUAAAUAUUUUAGGAAUUUCAUGGUUCCACUGCCUAUUCAAAUCUGGAAUGAAUAUAUACAGAGCAAUAAUUGCAGAAAAGAUAUUUCUCACUAAGAGCUACAAUAACUGUAAGGGCACCGGUCUAUCUUUUUACUACCACAUAACCUUAUGCCAGUUUAGGUUGACUGAGUAGCAAUGUCCUCACACUUUGUGUAUAAUAUCCCCAGCAAAGAUAGAUUUAAUUGUGCAGAAUUGAUAUAUAUGCGUGUUCCAGUUACUAAUUUAAAGUGUAUAGAAUAUUUUAAUAUAUAAUUUUUGUAAAGAACUGGGAUUUUUAUACUACAGUAUUUGUAAUUAAUGUGUCUCACUAAGUUUCUUUUGAAGAAAAUAUGCAAAUUGUUAGACACAUAAUGAGUGGUUUCUGAACUCUAAAGAUAAAAUAAAUGCACUACUAUAGUGUUGUUAGAAUACCUUUUUUUUGUGGCUAUAUGAAUCCUGAUUCUUUAAAUGUGUACUUUAUAAUGUUUACAAGGAGCUUCUCUGGUUUGUUGUCCCAGCAGUUUCCUUGGCGAGAGCUUCAUUCUGCAUUUGUUUAAUUCAUAUGCUUUGCUUUUGGCAUAUAUUUGCUUUUUGCACUAGUAGAAUUUUAACUUACCUCAUUAUCAUGUUUGUAAUCAUUGUAUAGCUUCCAUAACAUGUCUGAUAUAGGCUAAAGAAAUACUUAACCAAAGUUAAAAUGAAAAUAAAUGGUAAGCAAUUUUGCACAUAUUAAGUGCUAGGAUUUGUUGUGUAUGUGUGUGUGCUUAGUUAUAAAAAUAAUAAGAAUGGAAAGUUUAAUAGUAAGUAUAUGUCUUAAACCCAAUUAUUUUAAUUAUCUAUUUGCUUUAUUAGAAAAACUUUGGCUUUUAACCCAUUAUUAUUUGCAUUAACAAUUUCCAUCUUGAAAUGCUUCUCUUAAUGACAAGGAAUAAGUUGAUUUAAAGCAAAUAGUAGAAUAUUUGCUUUAAGUGUACAUGUUAAUAUCAACUURGUAUUUAAUUUUCUUUACUUUGCUGAAAUGCCUCUAUUGUGUUAGACCAGGAGGUGAAUACRAACCUGUGGUUCUAACAUAUGACUUACUUCUUAGAAGGAAGGGCAGCCUUUUCAUACCAAGGGAUUUGUUAAAAUAAUGAAUCUUUUUAUUUUGAGAAUUAGCCCAGUUUUGUUUGUUUUUUUUAAUUUGACAUUAGUAUACUGAGCACCAGUCAAGUUUAUCUUUCUGAUAAGGGAUUGGUGACUGAAAGAUGCCAUUAGAAAAUCUCUAAUGGCUUUUAAUAUUAACAGUUAAUAAGAGAUAGCUGUAUGUUCAUGAAAAGAAUAAAUUGGGCAAAUAAUGAGAGGAGUACAUUUAGCUUCUUGUGAUUUGCACAUUUUUCUAAGUGAAGAUCCCUUUGUAUAACAGUGGCUGUAUCAUGCAGAUAUUUUUCUUUCUUUGCUUUUUUUUUUAAACCUUCAAUGCUGGGGAUGGAACCUAGGGCCUCACACAUGCCAGGCAAACACUGAGCCACAUCCCCAUCCCUGGCAGAUAUGUUUUCAUAAGAUGAAAUUACUUUCUUUACGCUUCCCAGUUGGGUAAACAACUCAGAUGUAAUGAGCUUUUGUGUCACAGUCCUCUUUCUGUACUCUGCAACUUUGGUUCCCAUAAGUAUCAAUAUUUUUGAUGUUGCAUGCUCUUACAAUUAUGUUUUCUAAAAUAUUGUAUUGACUUUAGUUUAGUAAACUAUUUUGGCAAUUUAACCAGAAAUAGGGUAUAUAUAAACUCAAUUUUAUCUGCAUUAAAAAAUUGAAAUAAUCUAAUCGCAUGUAUUAUGUACCUCUGCCCCAUAACUCAGUUGCACAAAUAUAAUUAUCUAUGGGAGAGUGAAAUUGUUGAUUCAUUAUUUCAAAGUCUUAUAGAUUAGAAAAGAUUCGUUCUGAUUAGAGAUAUGGUCUAUAGCUAAAGAUA